AUGGCUUCAUGGUAUCGAAAGAAAAAUCUAGCUCCUUACGAAACAGCUGAAUUAAUCAUAAGUGGUAUUGUUCCUAUAUUUCUUAUUGUAAUUGGUACUGUCGGCAAUCUUAUAUCUAUUUUUGUUUUACUCAAUAAAGAAAAUCCAGGAACAUCAACUAAUAUCUAUUUGAUAUUUUUAUGUCUUGUGGAUACAAUAUCACUUUAUCAAUAG